GCACCCUUCGACCUAUAAACUGAAACGUAGUCAUUAUUUCAGUAUUUCGAACCAAAGAUGCGACGACGACGUCCUUGCGGUUGAAAUUUUAUUAUAGCUGCCCUGUGACCCAACGCCAUCCGAAGCCUACUGCCAUUUUACGAUACGCGAGAAAGUAAACAAACUUGCAAUCACUUUGCAGCUUGCUUGUAGCGUUCGCAUGUGUUAGCAUGUGUAGCCGUUGCCGUAGUAGUGCAGAUUUUGUGCCGCUUAAACAACAGUGAAAAAAAAUCUACCCUGCUUGGCGCACGCCGGUCGUAGAAUCGACGGCGCGUCAACAUUCCGGCUGCCGCAUCGGACAGAAUGUCGUCCUCUCCGAUUAUGUUUUCUUCCGUGUCGUUCAUCGAUGGUCCGUUUCGUAAGUUUCUGUCGGCGACAGCCAAGCCGUGCACGUCCUCACCACCAUCCGAAGAUUGCUGGCUCUGCAAAGAAGUCAACCACUGGAACUCCGCCCUGGCCUCUCUCUGGCUCGAACUGAUAGAGGAAGAGCCCGGACGCUUGUGCCUGCGCACUUCGCGCGACACUGAACCCUACGCGGACAUCUACGCCAACUCCGUCGACUGCAACACGGCGCUUCUUCUGGCGUGCCUUGUGCGCCAGCACGCGUGCAUCAAGAGGCUCAGCAUUUGCCACGGCGCGUUCGAUUGCCGGACCGUCUCUACGUCCGAAGUACUGGAGCUGGGUCCGGGUUGCGCCGUCGAGUACAUCGAGAUUUCGGGAGACGCGGCUCGUUUUUGGACAUUACUGCUAGACGUUGUCGGGGACGUAUCAACUCUAAGGAGCCUGCGCAUCGAAGACUUCGUCCUCGACGACGCCUCUACGUCGCGACUCGUGAAGCUCGUUGAGGCGAAUAGGGAAAGCCUGCGAGCAGUCUCGUUCUCCGCGCACGAUGCGGCCCCCGAGAUACCGGUGGAGUUGGUUUGCUCCCUCCGCCGGUGCGAAGCCCUGACCGAGCUGUCGCUAUUCGGACAGCCGACUCUGAAUGCCGCCACAGCACUGGAACGAGUUAUGCAGUCGACUGAAUCUCUCCAGAAGCUAUCUGUUCAAGACAAUACACAAGACCAACGCAUCUUAAGUGCGCUAUGCAAUAGCUUGAGUGCAAGCUUCUCUCUCACGGAGCUGCACUUCGAAUGUGCCAGCCUAAACUUCGGACAGCUGCUUCAACUGCUCAAGUGCAAUGGCACACUCGAGUCUCUGAUUCUGAGUGGCGACAAGAAGAGACCAAUGUCCUUGGAAAAGCACCAUGGCAUGCCGUUGAACGCACUUCUGGUGCACAAUGCUGGACUUCGCAGCUUGGAGGUACGUCAUUGCACCUGGACCAGUUUUGCUGCUGAAGAAGUCGCUGCUGGAUUGGCACGCAACGGUUCCCUGGAGCGCUUCGAUGUAUCUCAGUGUAUCGUCAACUUUGGCGUAGUGCUGACACUAUGCAGCGCACUUGAAACCAAUGAUACCUUGAAGAUCCUGGCGUUUCCCUGCGACGAUAACUUCGUGCAUGAGCAAGUUGGUUUGUCUGGAAAGCUGGUGGCAGCCAAAUGUUUUGCCCGCGUAAGAACAACCUGGCCCGACACAUAUACUCCAGCCCUCACAGAAGCCUUAAAGGUGCCCGCUCUAUGUCCAGAGGAGCUGCACCUCGCUGCCUUUGGCUCUUACAGCAGCUCUUGUCAACGACUGUGCAAAGUCCUCGCUAACAGCACCAUCAAGUGCCUCCACGUUAAAUUCUCCACGUGCACGGUCAGCGAGGCGGAAGCAUUGCGCGAAGCACUAGAUGCCAACUCCUCCAUCUGGAAGCUUGUAAUGGAGGAAGACAGCAUAUCCGAGGGUAGCUGUGUAGGUGUGGUUGAAGGUCUGUGGGACAACAUAACACUGACUGAAAUUUCACUCAGUAUCCACAGGCUGGACGAUUGGAUUCUGCGAAGCCUUGGGACGGUGGCUCUUAACCGUGAUUUCUUGGAGAAGCUGUGGAUAAACUGCAUCGAUGUAAAUUUGAGCUGCUUGGAUGACGUAUGCAGCCUCGGCCGCUCACUGAGCUCAAAUGGCGCGCUAACGGGUUUCUCAAUCUUCAAUGAGAGACGUCGCACCGAAUGUUUAUUCGCUGGAAUCAACCACCAUGUGGAUCACAACAGGAAAAAGUGGAACUGUGCCAUUCAGUUCGUGCUCGAGCCUUGCGUCAACAAGCGCUGGGCCAUUGCAUUCGAGUCACUGUUAGAAAAGCCUUGUUUUGUCCAGCGUGUUGCGAGAGCCUCGGGAAAGUCGUCCAAGGAUGCCUUGAGAAUGAUCAGUUCAGCAAAGUGUUUCAUUGCGAGAAACUACUUCUUGCUAACUGGAGUCGUGUCACAAGGCAUCUCUUGCCACACUCACUUGGAGACUCAGAUAGACAGCCUGAACAGUUUCUGCUGGCUUGCUUUGGGAAAAUACCUAAGAGUGCUUGAUGUGGUCGACGACAGUCACGAAAGCUGGUGCUAAGUACGGCCAUGUGAUGUCUCAAGGUUUGGAGUGUUCAAGUUUUUGCCAGAUCAGCAGGCAGUCUGUAUUGAUAGCUCUUCUUUCAUUAAGGGCCACAUGCUCCAUAUAUGAGAUAUUUGCGUCGGGUACAUGAAAAUAUUCUCAUACUAGCCCAUGCUACAUGAACUGAGAUCAGACACUUUGUCAGGGUUACCACGAAUUAGCUUCAUACACAAGACACCAUGGAUACAAUAGAAUAUAUGUAUGGGGAACAUAAUAGACACUAUCCAGGCUGCUUUCCAAAUGCACGUGUAAACAUAGCAACUAUAGCUCACUGCAUGCAUAAAGUUUGAUUGAUUGGUUGAUUGAUACGUUGGGUUUAUCGUC